AUGGUGUGUGAAGAGCAGAAAAGUACAAUUCACAGUAUUUGUUGCUGUAAAUUUCAAUUAUUCCGAUUAUUUAUUCGAAUACAACUUAUAGAUUUGGUUUUAAAACUUGCAGACCACCAUCAUCCCACACCAACUGCCAUUUCGGGUUUGAAUUUACACAUGAGACUAACGGGGCCGAAGAGCCGAGCGCGACCCGGACCCGGAGCCGAGAGGAGCCGAGCGCGGUGCAGACGAGGAGCCGAUAGGAGCCGAGCGCGGCGCAGUCCCGGAGUCGAGAGGAGCCGAGCGCGGCGCAGACCCGGAGCCGAGAGGAGCCGAGCGCGGCGCAGACCUGGAGCCGAGAGCGGCGCUGACACGGAGCCGAGAGGAGCCGAGCGCGGCGCAGAAGAGGAGCCGAGAGGAGCCGAGCGCGGCGCAGACCCGGAGCCGAGAGGAGCCGAGCGCGGCGCAGACCCGGAGCCGAGAAGAGCCGAGCGCGGAGCAUUCCUGGAGUCGAGAGGAGCCGAGCGCGGCGCAGACCCGGAGCCGAUCGCAGCCCGGACCCGGAGCCGAGAGGAGCCGAGCGCGGCGCAGUCCUGGAGUCGAGAGGAGCCGAUCGCAGCCCGGACCCGGAGUCGAGAGGAGCCGAGCGCGGCGCAGACACGGAGCCGAGAGGAGUCGAGCGCGGCGCAGACACGGAGCCGAGAGGAGCCGAGCGCGGCGCAGACGAGGAGCCGACAGGAGCCGAGCGCGGCGCAGACCCGGAGCCGAGAGGAGCCGAGCGCGGCGCAGUCCUGGAGUCGAGAGGAGCCGAGCGCGGCCCGGACCCGGUGCCGAGAGGAGCCGAGCGCGGCCCGGACCCGAAGUCGAGAGGAGCCGAGCGCGGCGCAGACCGGAAGCCCGGUGCCAGAGUGGAGCCGAGAAGCCGAACAGAAGCGAUCCCGUCGUGGAGUGUGUGUGUUCGCCCUCUGGGGAGAGAGAGCUGCUGUCCUUGGUUGGGUUAUGUCUCUCUCUAUGGAUUACACGGUCGUGCUGCAAAAGCGGGCCCUGAGCCAGGAAGCUGGUGUGUGGGAGCAAACGGAUAAUAAGCGGUUUUGCCAAGGAUUAGAAAGUAGCUUUCCAGUUGAGAAUGAUGUACAAUAUACUCAACUCAACGAGAACUCCAUGUAUCACCAGAAUCUACAGAAGCAUGUUUAUCCUACAAGACUGAUGGGUAGACGAGUUGCAUUCCCCAAUGUUGGUCAGCUGGCAUUUUUGAUGCAACAAAGCCACGAGGAAAUGGACACAUCAAAGCCUUGUCCCCGAUGUUUGGCAGGUGAAUCUGGUCAUAUUAAUCAUAUGGUUCGCUAAAAGAAAAAAAGAUCAUGUAAAACUGAAGAGACAUUUUAAUAGAAUUAUGAAGAUUCUACAAGAGAAAUCUAAAUUUCUUAAUAUUUUAUUACAAGGUACUGUUUUCAAACUUAACCAAUGUUUUACCUUUUGUACUUGAACUGUCUAAUUUACUUAUUCUUAUAGUAAAGGCAGAAUAACAUUGAUUUUCUCACCAAAAGAAGUUAAAUGAAUGUUAGCAAGGCGUUUCCAACAAUGUAUAUUUGUAAAAGUUAUAACUUUGAAUUUUAAAUGAAUGAAGAUAAUACAUGACAUGAAUGCCACAGUAUAGGAUUAAUAGUGUACUGUUUUCUAAAAGUAUUUAAUUCACAUAUUUUCUUUAAAGACAUUUAAAAAAAAAUGCUUCAUUGCCUGAUUGAAAAGAGAAGGAUCAAUAACAUGUUGAUUUUAAAGCUUUGUAAAUUGAUUCGAUUUUUGUCUGCAUUUUUCACAUUUAUGUGCCAGAGUGUAAAUAACUUUAAUAUGUGGUAUUUCAUUUAUAAAUCAGGUAUACAGAGUGUUUGUUAUUCCUCUCCCAGCUCUUUCAUCUUUUUAAGAAACAGGUGACUUGUCUGGCCUACAAUUCCAUGUGUGUCAGCAAACUGAACAGCCAUUAUAUAGGAGUCUGACUCUGUUUACACACACACAUUUCCCAAUAGCUGACUAGAUAGCUGUUUUGUUAUCCUAUUAGCUCGAUAUGCAACAAUGUGACAAAAUGAUGUUAAUCUAUAGCCAGAACUGCUGUCCUAUCUAACCGUAACCUCAUCCCUAACUCAUCAAAAAGAUCACAGAUUUUGAGUAAAUCAUUUUGAUUUCUGCCAUAUCUAUUGGUGGUCUUGAAUUUGAGAGGUUAGAUCGUCAAACUAUUGGAGGCCUUUGCCAGUGUCAAAUCCAAUAUGUCAAAGCAUUGCACAUGUUGAUGUGCUCUGCAUGAAGGUUGGACUGAGAGGAUGAUACUGCUUUCCUCUUCCCAGAAAAUAAAUUUGCCUCUGUUUUUGUGCUAUCUUCAAUGGACUGACUGAUACCUAGUUUAUGAUUUUGUGAUGGUUUAUAUGAAGUAUGUUCGACAAUAAAAUCUUUAACGAUAAAAAUUUGAUGCCACUUCUGAUAAUUAACUUGUAUUUUGAAAAAUGCUAGAAUCUUGAUACAAUGUCUUACAUUAGAAAAUAUUUACAAGUGCUUGUUUUUCUUUUGCUGCAAACUAUUGUAAUUGAAACUCUUUCUUGUGCCAAUUCUUUUUGCAAAAUACUAUUCUGAAACAAAUAUGCUGGACAUGGGAUUUUUUGGUAUCUCACCAUCAAAUAAAUUGUGAAAGCAAAGUUUUGCACAGAUCACGAAGGGAAUUGUGUUGGUACUGUUCCGAAUAUUUUUUGUCUAUUUUGUGUGUAUGUGUAUUUAAUGGGCAUUACGUUGCUUUCUGUGCUCUAUUAGGUUUAUCUAAACUCUUGAGCUAAAAUAAACUU